AUGCAAGGGCACAAAAGUUUCAUUACUACCCUGCCCGAGAGCUUGAGCUUCGAACAUGGCUCCACAUCAAGUGAGCCUGUUACAGAGUCCCAAAUAUCUUGGAAUAAUAUACAGACAUCUCCCCCUAAUCGGCUCCCGGACUACAGAACAUCACCAAAUGAAGCAAAUUGUCAGUACCUCCACCCUCAUGGCUGCCAGCUGCUAAAUGUCGAGUGGAGCUCAGGCGAAACUAGUUCCACCACUACACACAGUGAAGGUGAAAAUAAUGAAAGAAAACGAGAACAUGCAUGGUCUCAUUGCCAGACGUCGAAUAUUCUUCCUCCUGACAGUAAUAUCGAUUUAAACUCAAAUAGCACUCAGGCUGAGUUUGAGGAUCCCGAGCAUGACACCUGUCAUAUUAUCGGAAAUUCCUCCGAUUUGCCUUCUGAAAGCAGUGAGCAUAUUGCUGGCGGGGUGGAAAGUGGACAGGGCUUCUCAGUGGACGGCCGGCGCAUGUCGGGCAAGAGAAAAUCACUGGAGGUGCAUGGUGGGCAGUCAUCUGGGGCAGGAAGCUCAACAAGGCCCAUGGAAAACGAGCCAGGUACCAAUAAUAACGUGCCCGAGCAGAUAAACUCAAGACUCAGGCUCGGGACUCUCUUGCCUGAAUCAUUCUCUUAUUCUACCAGAUCCGAGAGUUCUCGGAGGAAUUUCCGGUUGAGGAUCAACGGGUCACAGUCACGCCACCAGGGUCAUGUGCUCUCAGAUGACCCGUCUUCCAGGGAAUUGUCGAGCGUAUCUCUUCGUGAUCGUUUGCUUGACCUGAACCCUCCACCCAUUGCCGAAAACAAUGACCAGACGGGCCUUUUGAAUCCCCCUUCCGCUCGUAGAAACACACAGUCGAGAUGGGCAGCCGCCGGGUCUUCGGCGGCGUCAGGCGAGAGGGAUCCUAUGCUUUACGAUGAAUUCGCGCCUCGAAAUGUGGUGAGAAGCAUUUCCGAACAUCCCAUGUUUGUUCCUGCUCCCGAGAUAGGAUCUACUUCUCGCGUGGGACCCAUUUCGGGUGUUAACUCGUCAGGGCCUUCGUGGGCCAACCGCAGCCGUCCACAAUAUUCCCGUAGGCUAUCGGAAAUUGUUCGGAGGUCGUUGUUAACGUCUGGCGGUAUUGAGUCGUCCGGAGGUGGUCAGAGUAGCAGACAAGCUGUACAGUCAGGCCCGUCACAGAUUUCAUCUGGGCCCAGUAUCCAUGGUCGGCAUUUGUCGGGCUUGAGGUCAGGAUUGUCCGAGAGACAGCAUGUGGAUAGUGCUCUUGAACUGCCACACUCAUUGAGAAGUUUGGCUGCCGGUGGUGAAGGAAGAACGAGUUUAAUGUCUGAGCAGAUUCGCCAUGUCUUGGAUCUCAUGCGAAGGGGGGAGGGGUUGAGAUUUGAGGACGUGAUGGUUCUUGAUCGCUCGCUCUUUUUCGGGAUGAGUGAUAUACACGACCGUCAUCGUGACAUGCGAUUGGAUAUAGAUAACAUGUCUUAUGAGGAGUUAUUGGCCCUUGGGGAGCGAAUUGGAAAUGUGUCAACUGGAAUAAAUGAGGAAACAAUAAUGAGUCGUUUGAAGCUAACAACAAAUGUGAACCGUGCUGAAAAUCAGACAGAGACCGAGCCUUGUAGUAUUUGCAGAGAGGAAUACAUUGAUGGGGAAGAUCUUGGGACCCUCGACUGUGGGCAUGAAUUUCAUAAAAUGUUUGCGCGAAGGCCGCGACGCCUUCAAAAAACUUGCGCGGAAGUGCUUGACUGUAUUUAUGCACGAGCAUCUUCAAUUACCCGCGGCGGGCUGUGCCUGGUCAGAGGCUACAACCGCGGCCCGCCGACCACCAGCUGCCCUUUCGCCUUAGCCAUUUGCUCUUGGGUCUUCGUCAGAACUCCGUGGGACAUUGUCGGUCACAUCGGAUGA